UUUGACAGCCAAAAGCCAAAAUCCAGUUUUUAAUCGUAAAAAAAAUCAAAACGAGUAGAAAAUAUUGAAAUUUCCCUCAAUAUUAACAGUUUAUAUUUAUCUACCGCAGAAAAAGUUUAAUAUUCAUAAGGGUUGUGGUUAUUAUUUGCUUAUAGUAAAGUGGGUGGAUUCUUACUCGUAUGUAAUUAGGCGGAAUUUAGAAUUUGUGUCAUGACCGCACAACCGAGGGAUUUCACUGAUAAUGAAAAAUGAAGGGGGUCGAUAAUUCGCCAGCUAAUCGCGAAGGAAUGACCAGUAAACCUAUUGUAACAUGCGCUGGGGAUUGGAACUUGUUUUGCACGUUAGAAGCUCCGCUAGUGGCUGCGAUUCCGCAGGAUUCGUGUGAGUGGAGGAGGUCCUAUGGCCGGGUCACAAAGUCUGUUUACUUGGAAGCUUCGUUUAUUAAAUAUAAUCCAGAUAAAGUGCAAUCUGAGCUCAACUUAUUAAACCGCCCGAUUCUGCAUAUUUAUUGGACUGACUGUGUGGAUAUAGAAUAUUACAAGACCGCACUCAGAGAAGAUAUAGAAAUAUGGCUCAAGCAAUUAGAAAAGAAAGGCAUCACUGACUGGAUGAUAAUUCUAGUAGAAACUUAUGAUAUUAGGAAAACCAACAAGUUGCUACCCAGAACUACAGUUUUGGAUAAAAUAAAAGGGGAAUUUGCCAUAAAACAGACGGAAGAUAGGUUUUUGUCUGUAAUUAAUCCUAUUAAGUCUGAAGCGAGGAGUGCAGAGUCAUGGAGGGCACUGGUGGCGAAGAUGAGGCAUUUUGUGCUGGUGGCAUACAACAAGGCAUUGAUAAAGUUCGAAGAGCACAUGAGGGAGCAGAGAGAGAAAAGAAAUGACCCGGAGUGGGAUUUUUGUAAAUAUUUUAUUCUACAGGAACAACUAGCAUUUGUAUUAGAAAUGUUAGGUUUGUAUGAAGAAGCAUUAGUCCAAUAUGACGAAUUGGAUGCAUUGUUCUCCCAAUUUGUGCUCAAUUCCAAUGUGACGGAGGGUCCAAAAUGGCUUGACACGUUCAAGCAGCCCAUCACGUCUUGGCAGGCGGUCAGACUGACGGCUCGGGUGCCGCAGCAUCUGAGAGAGCUUAUUAUUAAGAAAAAAGCUACCCUCUUAGACUUUAGGAGCUAUUUGUUUCAACGUCAAAGUGCCAUGUUACUGCUUAUGAAUAAACCUUGUGAGAUCGCCUCCCGCUGCCUCAGCACCGUCCACAACACGUUAGUCGAGCUCUCGCUACUGGGCUGCGCGGGUGUGGACGGCGCGGCGGCCUGCUGGGCGCAGCUCGCCUGCGCGGAGACCCUGCGCGCCUGCGAGCGGCUCUCGCAGGCCAACAGGGAGGAGUGCGCCGCCAUGCAGGCGCCGCUACACGACACUGCUAAAGACAAGCUCCACGAACUAGGCAAGCUCUGCGGCCUCCUCCCAGGCUCCCCUGAACCAACAUCCGAGCAACUCCACCUGGUGGUGAUGCUGUCCGCCGGCAUGGGAGACGGCGAGCCCAACAACCAGCACCCGACGCCCACGGACCGGCUGAAGGAGGCGUUGUGCAGCAAAACGAGCUUCCAGCAGUAUUACUUGGAGCUGGCCGAGUUGGCUAUGGGGACGUAUAAACAUAUAGGACGGUUAAGAUUCGCGCGCCUCAUUGGCCGGGACCUAGCCGCGUUUUACUCGGAACUCGGCGAGACUCAGAAAGCGGUGGUUUUCCUGAUGGAUGCCCUCCGGUCUUACGAGGAGCAGGGGUGGCGAGACCUGGCCGCGCAGACCCGGCUAGAGCUGGUGGCGGCGGCUAAGAAGAUGGACGACGUCGACAGAUACACAAAGCUCUCUGCAACAAUAGCAUGCACUGCCGAAUUAGAAAUCCUAGUCAGAAACUUCUACUUCGAGGAAAUGAUGAAAUCAAUCAGAGAUCUCUCCCAAAAACCCGAACCAGUGCUAACUGAGCUCAACGAGUGCUUCAAAAUAGUCUCAGUAACGCUACUGCCGUCCAACCGUGAUAUCUAUAUCACUGACAAUAAAGUCCAAUGUCGCUUGGUCGUAGAAAGCAAUAUGCCUAAAGAUAUUACUUGUACGCGCGCAGCGAUUAGUAUAGAGGAGUUUAAAGUGGAUAAACAGAUAGAGAAAAGGACGCCGGCGAAAAGUUAUAAGACUGAGUUAAGUGUUAAUAAUAAUGUAGGAUCGCAGAAUAAUUCGCCGAGGAAGAGUGCGCCAGAGGGCGAUAACGAAUUAACUAAUUUAAUUACAAGUAUAAGACUGGACGAUUUAAAACCUAAGAAUCCUCUGCUAAACCCGUUACACAUAACCUCCCAGCUUCACUACAAAGAAGACAACUCCUUACAAAAAGCCACAGUAGAGUGCAUCAACCCUAAAGUUACUCUCAAGCGCUCAGACAGCAGCAAAUACAGAAAACCGUCCGCCACUUUAAGAAGUAACUACGAACAUUCAUUCACAUGCGAAAAUUUCACUCUAAAACCGGGCACGAAUGAGAUUACCUUAGAAUGUAUAUCGAAAACACCGGGUACAUUUAAACUCGGCCAAAUAUCUUUGCUGGUUGAAGAGAAAUUAGAGUUUUUGUCAAAUGUGCUGACGAGUUUGAAAGUGGGGUAUGAUGUGGUGACACAAGGGGUGAAUGUGUACUUGAAUAAGGUGGAGCCUAAGAAGGAUUUGGUGGCUGGGUUAGAGCAUGCUAUGGAGCUGGUUGUGACUAGUGGCAGUUCGCAUAUAGAGAACGCAACAAUACUCCUAAAAACUUCGUUGGGCCUGGUGAUCCGCCUCGCGGAUGAGGACGCUGGCACGGCGCGGGAGCUCUCCAUUCCGGUGCCGGCGAGCCAGCCGUUCGAGACCACGCGGGUGCCGCUCAGGCUGCUCGCGAACCUGCAGCCCAGGAAGGAAAAAAGCCUGGAGCAUACUGUCUGGCUCAACUGUCCCUGGUGGGAAGCGGCUAUGGAAGUGCCCCUCCACUUCUCCCCGCCCAUGGUGACGUCCUGGCGCCUCCUAACAUCGAACACGAGGAAAUUUGUACACGUCACCCUCAAGUCCACGGUCGCCCAUCUCGUGCAAUUCGAAUUGACAGACCCUAAGUUGGAGUGCGACGGCAAUACGACCGUGUCGGACAUGAAUCCGAAGAAUGCCAAAGAUAUGACGGUAGCCUCAGACGGCACAACGGCGUCCUUCAUGUGGGAGCUCCUCAAAGAUCCCCUAGUGAAGGCCGGUCCCAUGAAAGCCUUAUUCACCGUGCAAUACCGCCCUGUUGACGUGGACGGGCCUGCUAGAAUGUUCACGUGCCCGUUCGACGUACAGGACUGUACGACCCUGUUCGUUAUUAGGACUAAGCUGGAGCCGAGCAAGGGGUCGGACUUCUGUAGGGCGUCGCAGGUGUGCUGCCUGCAGCUUAGUGUGCAAAGGGUCAACGAAACGGAAUACACAUCUCUCAUGUACGAGGUUUUAGCUGAUCAGACUAUGUGGGCUGUAUUAGGAAGAACUGCAGGCGUGAUAUCAUUGGAGACGAGUGCGGAGGCGAGCGUGACGUUGGAUGUGAUGCCGCUAGUCGCCGGCUACCUGCCGCUGCCCGCUGUGCGGCUCUCUAAAUACAUCGCACAGAACACCAAAGAUCCGAAAAAAGACAUAACAGCGCACCCUCGCCUCGAGCCCUUCAGUCCCGGACAAGUGUACCACGCGGGCAAGGCCAAGCAAGUGCACGUGCUGCCCUCUAUGCCUAAGGAACAUCUCGAACCAGCCGUCUGAACUCCUG